AUGAGUCCCCCAGCACAGCAAGAAGACGUCUACCAGACAGUCAACCCAACCACGGCAGAGAUUCAAAAGUCCUUCCCCUACACAUCCGACUCAGAAGUCUCAAAUGCCAUUGAAACUGCCCAAAAAUGCUACGACAACACCUGGCGCCAGUCCAGCAUCGCGGACCGCGCCAAGGUUGUCUCCCGUGCCGCGGCUCUCCUCAAGGAAAACCUGGAGAUGCACGCACAGUUCAUCACUCUUGAAAUGGGAAAACACAUUGACCAAGCUCGCUGGGAGGUGUCAGUUUCCAGUGACAUCCUGCAAUACUACGCUGAAAACGCAGAGUCCUUCCUAAAGCCGUACACUAUACCCAAAGAGAAGGCCACUGUCUACUCUGAGCCCGUCGGUGUCAUUCUUGCCAUUGAGCCAUGGAACUACCCUUAUUAUCAACUCGCUCGAGUGGCUGGUCCGCAACUCAUGGCCGGGAAUGUACUUCUCCUGAAGCCAGCACCUAGUACGCCGCAGUGUGCGCUCGCCUUUGCAAAGGCUUUUGAGGAUGCUGGUGCGCCAAAGGGCGCUUACACCAAUAUCUUCUCUACUAUUGCUCAAGUUAAUACCUUGAUUGAUGACUUUCGCGUUCGUGGCGUCUGCUUGACAGGCAGUGAGCGGGCCGGUGCUUCUGUUGCCGAGCGAGCAGGACGCAACUUGAAGAAAGUUGUUCUCGAACUUGGUGGAAGUGACCCGGUGCUAGUUUUGGAAGAUGCCGACCUGGAAGGCUCUCUGAGUCCUUGUAUCAUGGGUCGUCUACUGGGGAUGGGUCAGUCUUGCGCUGCAUCUAAGCGUUUCAUCAUCGUUGGUCAAGAGCGUGGUGACGCCUUCGUAAAAGGCUUAACUGCAGGUCUUGCUGGUCUUCAACCAGGUGAACCGACUGAGAGCUCAACUACAAUCGGACCCUUGGCCUCGCAGCGCGGAUUGGAUCUCCUGCUAGAUCAAAUCUCUAAAGCUGUCGAGCACGGCGCAAAGGUAGUCGCCGGAGGGAAACGAAUUGCGCGGCCUGGAUUCUAUGUCGAGCCCACCAUCAUCACCAACAUCACGCCUGAGAAUCCAUUAUUCCAGCAGGAGACAUUUGGCCCCGUGUUUUCCGUGUAUACUGUUGCAAGUGAAGCUGAGGCUAUUACCCUUGCUAAUGCUACGAAAUUUGGCCUCGGAGCCUCCGUGUAUAGUGCCGACGAGGAGAGGGCGCUUCGUGUCUCCAAAUUGCUUGACUGUGGCAUGGUUUUCAUUAAUGCGCCGGCUUGGACGAGUCCUGAAAUGCCGUGGGGUGGUGUGAAGAAUUCAGGAUUUGGGAGAGAGCUUGGUGGUGAGCUGGGAAUUGCGGAAUUUAUCAACAAGAAGUUGGUUAGGACGCCGUAG